GCUUGGCCUUGGCGAUGGCCCGCGAGUUGUGACUGGGCAGGAAGACGGGUACCGCUUCGCCACUAUAGCUAAUGAAGUGACGGCCCGUGCAAAAAGGGAGCACCGGCACGCAGAGGUGCUAGUGCGGGAGAACCAGCAGCGCCGAACAAAGGCCAGUGAGGAGUGCCUUGCACUAAUAAGACGCUCUUUGAAAUCAGCUACAAUGGAAACCUCUGGGUCUCACUUUGAAGUAAAAGUGCCACACAUAUUUGUAACCUUGGGAGCUUCAGGUGAUUUAGCAAAGAAGAAGAUAUAUCCUACAUUGUGGUGGCUUUACAGGGAUAAUCUCCUACCACCUAAUACAAGGUUUUAUGGUUAUGCAAGGUCAAAAAUUUCACUGCAAGAACUUCAAAAGAAAUGUGAACCAUACAUGAAGGUUAAAGAAGGAGAGAAAGAGAAGUAUGAAGAGUUUUGGGCACAUAACAAAUACAUAGCAGGCAGUUACGAUUCAAGGCGUGAUUUUGAACUCUUAAACCAGGAACUGAUGACCUGUGAGAAUGGCACUUCAGCAAACAGACUGUUUUAUCUAGCACUUCCACCAUCAGUUUUUGAAGAUGUAACUGUUCACAUCAGAAAUUCAUGCAUGGCCGUGAAAGGAUGGACAAGAAUAAUUAUAGAAAAACCAUUUGGUCGAGAUGCUGACAGCUCAAAACGAUUGUCAGACCAUUUGGCAUCACUAUUCAAGGAGGAGCAGAUCUACCGAAUUGACCAUUACCUGGGGAAAGAAAUGGUGCAGAAUUUGAUGACAUUAAGGUUUGGCAAUAAAAUUUUCAGUCCUACUUGGAACAGGGAAUGUGUUGCUUCUGUCUUGAUAAGCUUCAAGGAGCCAUUUGGCACACAGGGAAGAGGUGGCUACUUUGAUGAGUUUGGAAUAAUUCGUGAUGUUAUGCAGAAUCAUUUACUACAAAUCCUUAGUCUUGUUGCAAUGGAAAAACCAGCAUCUAUCCAUCCAGAUGACAUACGCAAUGAGAAGGUGAAAGUACUUCGAUGCAUUCCACCCAUUACUCUAGAUGAUGUAGUCCUUGGUCAAUAUGUUGGAAAACCUGAUGGGAAUGGUGAAGAAAAGCUGGGUUACCUGGAUGAUCCUACAGUACCAGCAGGUUCAACAACACCAACAUUUGCCACAGCAGUAUUAAAAAUAAAGAGUGAGCGUUGGGAUGGUGUACCAUUUAUUCUCCGUUGUGGGAAAGCAUUAAAUGAACGCAAAGCUGAAGUACGAAUUCAGUACCAGGAUGUUCCUGGAGACAUUUUUAGUGGAAAGCCUAAACGAAAUGAAUUAGUAAUUAGAGUCCAGCCAGGUGAAGCUGUGUACAUCAAAAUGAUGACAAAAACCCCCGGAAUGACAUUUGAUUUGGAGGAAACAGAACUGGAUUUGACAUACGGAAGUCGGUACAAGGAAGUAAAAAUGCCUGAUGCAUAUGAGAGACUGAUACUUGAUGUAUUCUGUGGAUCACAGAUGCAUUUUGUUCGCUCUGAUGAACUUUCAGAGGCAUGGAGGAUUUUUACUCCACUGCUUCAUGAGAUUGAAAGUAAAAAGAUUGCUCCAAUUCCAUAUGUAUAUGGUUCACGUGGACCAAAGGCUUCUGACCACAAGUGUGAUGAGAACAACUUCAAGUACUAUGGAUCGUAUAAAUGGGUUCCACCAAAAGCAUGACUAUAGGAAAGAGAAUGACAUCCGUUCCAUGAUUUGCUUUGUCUUUCAUUUCAUGCAUGUCUUCCACUCAGUAAUGAAAUGUUACCAUUGUAAUAAGAGAAUGAUGAUUAUGUAUAUAGGGUUAAUUUGUUGUUCAAGGUCUAGGGUGGGGAAACUGGGCAUUUUUGGGCCAUGUUUAUAUAUUUAAUUUAUCAUAGCAUUUUGGAGGAGUUCUUUAAAAGAUAAUGUACUCAUAGCUCAAAUUUUGUAUACUUGUAAUAUAGAACUCAUGUCACUCUCUAAACAUUUAGAAGAAUUGCCUAAGAAAAUCUUCACCAACUAUGUUAUUUGAAGUUUGCAGUUUCUGCUGAAAUGCCAUUUCAUUUACAAUCAGCACAAAAUAUUGUGAGGAAUGUACACUAGAGUUUCUGCCUUUGAUAUUGACUGAAACUGUAACAGCAACAAAAUUAUUUAAUUUAUGAACCAGUAUGAUUAAUCACAAAUUCAUGUAGUGAAAUGUUCAGUGAAGGCUGACAUUAGCAAUCUGUUCCUAGUGGUGAUUCUUAUAAAUUUUUGUAGAUAUAUUUCUUUAUUUUAAAUGGAUGUGAUACUCAUUACAAAAAUAGCAAAUGACUCACUUGUUAUUAUUUUAUGUAUUGGUUUUAAUCCAUACAUAUUGUGUUGUUAUUUAUGUUAAUGUGUGGACAUUGUGUCUAUAUCUUUCUCAUCAUGUUGAAGUGGAGUUACAGUUUCGAGGAAUUUUCUUGUUUUAAUCUUGUUUAAAUUUUUGUUCGACUUUUUCUCAUUUUAUUUAUUUAUUAAAUUUGAAACUUGUCUGUCUUUCAAUCACAAAACUGUCCCCCUUGUAAUCGAUAUUGCUCAGUGCCGUCAGUGUGUCCAUGUUAUGUAUUCGUGUUAAUCACCCAGACUAUUUACGAUGGUGUUUUACAAUAAGUUGGAUACACAAUAGUAUGUGCAACAUAUUACAUAAUUGAUUCAUCAUAGACAUUAGACAGUGGUAGAUAAUACACCAUAUUACAUGAAGUGGAUAUAGGCUUUGGCUAGAUACAGAUGGAGUAUACAAAAAUCAUUGCUGACUGAAGUAAUGCCAAACACCCUAUUUGACAAUAUUUUAGAUUAUUUCAUUUCAAAUCACCCAGACUGUUUUCUUGUAAUUUACUCAGUUUAUUAUUUUAUGCAAACACACUAAAAUUGUACGCAUGUGUAUAUAUGCCAUUUCUGCAAAGCCCAGUCAUCUUUAGUGCUCAUUCUGCAUGUUAUCCACUUUUAUUUCUAUUGAAUUUUUUUUUUCUAGUUUUAUAAAUUUACUUUUAUGCCAUAUUGAAACUUGUUACAGAUACGUUUUGUAAGAAAUACAUUUGCUGAAGCUAAGUGUUACAAUCUCUUUGUGCAAAAUUAAGAACUUUGAAGAUUAAGUGUCCUGAAUGACCAAAUAAUCUUUGAUUAACUCAAGAAGGGCUAUUGUAUUGCCACCAUUUUUAAUUACUCUAGAAAUGUUUUGUGGACUGUUUAUUCCAAUAAGAUAAAUGCUUUUGUAUUUCAUGAGCUUGUUGCUUAUUCCAUCAGGAUUCUCACUGAUACGUUACAGCUUGAUUUAUUUUUAUUCUGGUGGAAACACAGUGCAAAUUUUGUGAAUAAUAUUUAUUUUCAAUAUAGUUAUGAAAUUAAAAUAUUGGGUAUUUUUAUGGAUUGUAUUGUUAUUUAUAGAA